AUGUCCUCAGGCUCAUUUAACAACUUCCAAACUCUACUCGACUCGCAGGUCGGGUCAUUUCAAAAAUCAUCAUCGUGGCCACCCAUGCCAGUAGCAACAGAUGAUCGGAACAAGGCGAGACGCAUACCGACUGCCUCCUUGCGCUUUCAAAGCGCUGCCUGGAUUACUGCUGGUGGUGGCAUGGCCGCUACGUUAGGUGGUGUCCGAAAAAUCUUCCGAAACUUCCGCGGAAUGAAAUAUAUUUAA